UUUAUAACAAUAAUAAUAAAAUUAUAACCUUAAUUGCCAUUUCAUCUGUGUCGAUUCCCCGCGAGGGACAUUUUUGUUAUCAGAAAUGUCCAUUUCUUACAUCGCCUUAGUUUUGGCGCUAAUAGUGCUAGUGAACGGUGAUAGCCCAGUAUCUUUGCAAAGGGAACUUGACACAAUAGCUCUCACGUCAGAACUCAACCGAAAUGAUGAACAAGUCUAUCGGCUACCCGAGAGCGUUAUUCCAUUGGAAUAUGAAAUAUUCAUAGAUCUGUAUUUUGCUGAACGCACGGAUAGACCAUUCAGUUUUGAUGGCAGAGAAAAUAUUGUUAUUCAGGCUGUUGAAGACAACGUUUCCAACAUUGUGCUACAUGCCAAUGUCGACCGAAUAAAUGCAAUCAGUGUUUUAAAUUCAAAUGGGGCCCCAGUCGCAUUAAACUUAUUUGAGCCCUUUACUAUACAACCUCAAUACCACUUCCUUACUAUUAACUUAGGAGAAACUCUAGUUAAAGGGAGCACGUACACUCUCUUUAUUGAUUAUUCUAACACUAUGAAUGUAGGGCCGAUGAAAAGAGGUAUCUGGAGAGGAUACUACACUGAUGAUGCCGGCAUUGAAAGAAUCUAUGCAACAACUCAUUUUCAACCGUACAAUGCACGACAAGCCUUUCCUUGUUGGGACGAGCCUCUCUUCAAGGCUACUUUCAAAGUUCAUUUAUCUAGUCCAGCUAAUUAUAACUCCGUUUUCUCUAAUACUAAAAUUGGGAACAUUGAAUCCCUUUCUAAUAACCGCAUUCGCACAAACUUCAUGGAGACCCCGAAAAUGUCAUCAUAUCUAGUGACUUUCCUCGUCAGUGAGACUUUUACAGUCAUUGCCGAGGACACCUCCUUCACUCCACCUAUCAGAAUCAUCGGCAGAUCCAAUACCGUCGGCCUUGGUGACCAUGCCUUGAAUCUCGCUGUCAAGAUGACCACAUUCUUUGAUGACUACUUUGAAGUCUCGUACGGGACUAUGCAUCCCAAUUUGCUCAACGAUCAUAUUUCUUCCCCUGAUUGGGCGUCUGCUGGUACCGAAAAUUGGGGAAUGGUUAGCUACAGAGAGUUAUACCUGACCUUGAACUCAAGCGAGUCAAUCAUGAGUAACCAACACUACGCUGGCACACUGGUAUCUCAUGAGCUGGCCCAUAAGUGGUUCGGAAACUUGAUCACCUGCUUCUGGUGGAGCAACACGUGGAUCAACGAGGGGUUUGCUAGCUACUUUGGCUAUAUUGCUACGAAUCAGAUGUUCCCAGAAUACGAAUACGAAGACCACUUCAACUCCCGCUACCUCCAAAACUCCAUCUCUUUCGACUCCAGCUCCACCGUCGCCCUCAACCAUGAGGUCAACACGCCCGCUCAAGUCACUGGCCACUUUGGCACCGUCAGUUACUCCAAAGGUGCCGCUUUUCUCCGAAUGAUCCAUGACAUGAUCACUCCUGCGACUUUUAGGAAGGCUUGUCGUAUCUUCUUAACCAGCAAUUCUUAUGAACCUACCGAUCAGUACGACUUAUACAAAGCUUUUGAAGAAGCUAUUCAAGAGGAUGGCACGUUAAAUGAAUAUCAAGGUUUUAGCUUUGAAGAUUUCUACCGUAUCUGGGUCAAUGAACCUGGUACACCUAUUCUGUUGGUUGAGAUCAAUCAUGAAACUGGAGCAAUUUCUUUAAAACAAGAGCGAUUCUUCUUGAGUCCAACCGCCUCGCCUACUGGUCAAAUUUAUCCGAUUCCUAUAACCUACUCUACUAAGAGUAAUCCGCAAUUUGGCAGCCUUAAGCCCAUUCAAAUGAUGUCCGGCGAAACAUUGAGUUUGACCAAGGUAGCUGGCGAAGAAUGGGUUAUUUUCAAUAACCUGCAACAUGGACACUACAGGGUGGAUUACGAUGCCAAAUCAUGGAGUUUGAUCGCUGAAGCUUUGCUGAAUGAACCUGAAAGCAUUCACUACCUAAACCGAGCCCAAGUUGUCGAUGAUGUUUUUGCCCUCAUGAGGUCUACAAGAAUGACCUACAGCUUUGGGUUCAACAUUCUGAGGUUCCUUCGUAACGAACACAACAUGCAUGUUUGGGAUGCCGCCAUCAGUGGCUUCACCUGGCUCAGAAACAGGCUGAGGCAUUUGCCGGAGAGUCAAGCAGAAUUCGAUGCGUUUAUCCUCGACACAAUGUCUCACCUGCUCGAGCACGUUGGCUUCAACGUACUUAGUACAGACACACCAACAGACAUCAUGAACCGCCAAGCCGCCCUGCACUUUGCUUGCUUGCUCGGACACGAGCAAUGUGUGACUGAGUCGAGGAACCAAUUCCUGAGGUUUAAGGACCAUAAUGUAUGGGUGCACGGAGGAAUUCGUCGUAACGUGUACGUGGUUGGUGUGCGAGAGGGAGACGAACAGGACUUUAACUUCAUCCUCUCUCGUUUGCGCUCGUCGAAUCUUGCCCAUGACCAGCUUGAGAUGCUGAGGGCUAUGGGUGCUGCUAAGAAUCCAGCAUUACUAACUAGAUACUUGGAGCUGACGCUGACUAAUGAAGUGAGGUCUCAUGACAAGGCGAAUUCCUUCAACUACGCUCUUCUAGGCAACAAGGAGAACGCGCCCACAGUUCUACAGUUUGUGAAGAACAACAUCGAUGCUAUGAGGGUCGCGUACGUUGAAGAUGCCCCACCAAACCCCGUACACACUUGCCUCUCCAACUUGGCUUCCUAUCUAGAAGAACCUGAGCUAGUUGAGUAUGAAGAAUGGCUACGGUCCACCCAAGUCGGGACUCUCCAAUACAACACCGCCUUAUCCGCCAUCACAUCAGCAAGAAACAACAUGGCGUGGGGAACCGACAACGUCGACAACAUUCUAGGUGCCAUCAGAGACGAUGCUACAAGGGUCGUCACUUCUGUCUUUAUGCUUGGUGCUAUGGCUCUAUUGGCUGUUAUCGCAUAGACUAUUUAUCUAAUAGAUUUUGAAACUAUUGUUAUCAAUGUUAUGAGUAUGAAUAAAGAACUGUUUAAAUAA